AUGGCGGACGACCAAAAGCUCAUGCAUGGCGAUCUGGCGACCUUCGAGGCGUUGCUGGAUCGCCUGAUGUCCUCGAACAACGACGAGCGCAGUGCAGCACAGGAGACCCUUGAGCGACUGCAACAGAGCGCGGACCUCGCGGCGCAGCACCUCGUCCAGGCGCUGAGGAGGUCGACCAACGAGCAGUCGCGGAAUAUGGCCGCGGUGCUGCUCCGAAGGUUUCUGAUAAAGGAUUCAUCGAACGCGUGGGAAAAACUGUCGACCGACGUCAAGAACGUCGUCAAGUCCGAGCUCAUGCUCGUCCUCCAGGAAGAGACGAACUCGAACAUCCUGCGCGUGGUGGCGGACCUGGUGGGCGAGCUCGGGGCGCUGCUCGCGGAAAACAACCAGUGGCCGGAGCUCCUGCCGUUCGUCUUCACGUGCAGCCAGAGCGGCCAGGACCGCAUGGUCAUCGCGGCGCUCCGCGUCUUCACCGAGCUCUCGCAGUGCGUCAUCCAGGCCCUCGUGCCGCACCUCCCCGCCAUCGAGGGGGUCCUCUCGAGCUGCCUGGGCUCGCAGAGCCAGGACGUGGCCGUCGCGGCCCUCACCGCGACGUGCUCGUUCAUCACGUGCCUCGGCACGCCCCAGGAGCGCGACAGGUUCCAGGCCGCGGUGCCCACCAUGAUCCAGAUCCUGGGGAACACCCUCAACGCAGGCAACGAGCUGGCGGCGCAGGACGCGAUGGAGCAGCUCAUCGAGGUGGCGGAGGAGGAGCCGCGCUUCCUGCGGCGUCAGCUCCCGCACACCGUGACGGCGAUGAUCACCAUCGCGGAGGCGCCGACGCUGGACGAGGCGACGCGGAAGCUCGCGGCGGAGUUCCUCGUCACGCUGUGCGAGGCGCGCGAGAAGGCCCCCGGCAUGAUGCGCAAGCUGCCCGACUUCCUGCUGCGGCUGUUCCGGUGCCUGAUGACGUUCCUGCUCGACGUGGACGACGACCCGGACUGGUACCGCGCGGACACGGAGGACGCGCUCAACGCGGGCGAGGGCGAGCUCUUCGACUCGGGGCAGGACUACCUGGACCGCCUGUCCAUCUCCGUGGGCGGGGGCACGAUUGCGCCGAUCGUGGCGCAGGUCCUGCCGGAGUUCCUGCGCGGCGCGGACUGGCAGCAGCGGCACGCGGCGCUCAUCUGCCUCGCGCAGGUCGCGGAGGGGUGCGCGAAGGUCAUGACGGGGCAGGUGUCGCAGGUGGUGGCGAUGAUCAUCGAGGCCGCGCACGACAGCCACCAGCGCGUGCGCUGGGCGCUGUGCCAGACGCUCGGGCAGCUGUGCACCGACCUGGGCCCGGACAUCCAGGAGAAGGAGCACGGGCGGAUCCUGCCCGCGCUGCUGCACCUCAUGUCCGACGCGUCGAGCCCGCGGGUCCAGGCGCACGCCACGGCCGCGCUGGUGAACUUCUCGGAGCAGUCGGAGCAGGAGGUCAUCGGGCCGUACCUGGACACGCUGAUCUCGAAGCUGAUUGAGCUCCUGCAGCAGUCGGGGCAGCGGCUGGUGCAGGAGGGGGCGCUGACGGCGCUCGCGUCGGUCGCGGACGCGGCGCAGGCGCACUUCGUCAAGUACUACGACCACGUGAUGCCGCUGCUGUCCAACGUGCUGGUCAGCGUGGCGAACAAGGAGCAGCGCAUGCUGCGCGCCAAGGCGCUGGAGUGCGCGAGCCUGGUGGGCAUGGCGGUGGGGAAGGAGAAGUUCGGGCGGGACGCGAACGCGAUCAUCGACGUGAUGAAGCGGCUGCAGGAGGGCGGGACCAACCCGACGGGCGCCGCGGACGACGACGACGACCCCAUCGCCAGCUACAUGCAGCAGGCCUGGACGCGGAUCUGCAAGUGCCUGGGCGCGGACUUCAUCCCGUACAUGUCGUGGGUGAUGCCGCCGCUGAUCCGGUCCGCGAGCAUCACGCCGGACGUCCAGGUCCUCGAAGACGACGAGGAGGCGGCGGAGGACGUCGAGGACGUGGACACGAUCCACGUGGGCGACAAGCGCAUCGUGAUCCACACGGCGACGCUGGAGGAGAAGGCGACGGCGUGCAACAUGCUGUACUGCUACGUCGACGAGCUGGGCGCCGGGUUUGCCCCGUGGGCCGAGGAGGUGGUGCAGGUGAUGGCGCCGCUGUGCUCGUUCUACUUCCACGACGAGGUGCGGAAGGCCGCGGUGAUGAGCGUGCCGGAGCUGCUCGACUCGGCGAAGCAGGGCGUCGCGCAGGGGCAGCUGCCCGGGAAGGACACGGCCUGGGUCAAGGGGAUGCUGGACUUCAUCUGGUCGAAGCUCCAGGCGGCGGUGGUGAAGGAGCCCGAGACGGACAUCCUCUCGGACAUGCUGCAGGCGGACUGCCGGAUCAUCGAGGUCGCGGGCGAGCUCCUGAGUCAGGAGCAGCUCGCGGGGCUCAUCGACGACCUCGCGCGGGUCAUGGCGCGGUCCGAGGAGCGCCGGCAGAAGCGGAUCGAGCGGCAGAAGCACGAGGACUUCGACGCGGAGGAGGCGGAGGCGCUCGAGGAGGAGAUCGAGCUCGAGGAGGACGUGUUGGAUUCGGUGCAGGAGGUGCUCUCCGGGCUGCUGCGGAGGUUCAAGGCGGCCGUGCUGCCGCUGGUGGCGCGCCUGAUACCCGGGUUCGCGCCGAUGCUGGACAAGGGGCGCACGGCGUCGGAGCGGCGGAUCGCGGUGUGCGUGUUUGACGACGUCAUCGAGUUCGCGUCAGAGGGCGGGGCGGCGCUGCAGUACGUGGACGACCUGCUCCCGGUGUACCUCGAGUGCUGCUCGAGCAAGGACUCGGCGCUGCGGCAGUGCGCGGUGUACGGGCUGGGGCUGGUCGCGCAGCACGCCACGACGAAGUUCGUGCCGGCGUGCGGGCAGGUGCUGCAGACGGUGGUCGCGAUGGUGCAGGCGCCCAACGCGCGGGACGACGAGCACGAGAACGCGACGGACAACGCGGUGUCGUGCCUGGGGAAGAUGAUCGAGCACUGCCCGGAGGUGUUUGACAGCAGGGCCGCGGCGGGGGUGUUGCUGGACUACCUUCCGGUCAAGGGGGACCGCGCGGAGGCCAAGGAGGUGCACGAGCAGCUGUGCCGCCUCGUGGAGACGUCCUCCGCGGCGAUCCUCGGCGAGAACAACGCCAACCUCCCGCGCGUCAUCAACAUCAUGGCGCGCGUGCUCACGCACGGCACCGCGCUGGUGCGACAAGAGGGCGCCCAGCGCAUGGCGACGCUGCUGCAGCAGAUGCACCAGAUGAUGCCCGCGGAGGUGUUCGCGCAGGCCUCGCAGGGCCUGGACGCCACGCAGCAGGCCAACCUGCAGGCGGCGUGCCAGGGACAGCUCGCGAACCUUCAGGUCGUGAAGUUGUCGUGA